AUGGAUGAAUAUUUCUACGAGUUGGCUUUAAGUAUUCUGUUGAAGUUAAGCGAUCGUGCUUUCCAGGAACUUUUGUUGGCAUGGAGACUCGAAACCGAUCUUGCCAAAAUUAAGCAGAGCUUGGAAGACAUCAAAGCUGCGAUUUUGGACGCCGAGACACAGCGGUCACAGAGUGCACGGAUAGCUUUAUGGCUGCUGAGACUCAAAGAUGUUCUUUACGAUAUACAAGAUGUGGUGGAUGAGAUAGAAUGUGAAGAACUGCGAAGUGGCACCGUGAAGUUGUAUGGGAGCUUCACCAGAAAGGUACGUCGCUUUUUUUCUAGCGCUAAUCCACUUGCGUUCCGCAAUAGAAUGGGCCAUAAGAUAAAAGAUAUUAACACGAGGCUAGAACGUAUUCACAAACAAAAGUCUGAGUAUUCUCUCAAGGAGAACAAUGAUAAUGAGCUUGAGAUUCCUAGUGUGAGAGAGAUGAAUCACUCUUACAAGGAUGCUACCCAUGUUGUUGGGAGAAACAUGGAGAAAGAUUUAGUGAUUGAAGCAUUGCUAAAGGAAUUUACUGAUGCUUAUGUCUCUGUCAUUCCUAUAGUGGGAAUGGGAGGUAUGGGGAAGACUACCCUUGCUAGAUUCGUGUACAAUGAUCAAAGAGUAGCUUGUUUUAGGAAGAAACUAUGGGUGUCUGUUUCAGGAAACUUUAAAUUUGAAGAGGUGAUGAUUAAAAUUCUCAAUUCUGCCUCUCCUAGUGAGAGAUACAAGGAGAUGCAGCCAGACCAGCUGCGAAUUGCCUUGGAUCAAGCUUUAAGUGGAGGAGAUUAUUUGCUCAUCUUAGAUGAUGUUUGGGAAGCAAAGCGUCUUGAAUGGCAGAAACUUGCAGAGCUGUUAACGAGGAAUGGCAUGAGAGGUAGAAUUAUAGUCACAACCCGUUAUAAAAAUGUUGCUUCCAUUAUGGGCAAUCUCCCCACAGUGGAGUUGAAUCAUCUUGCUCACGAGGAUUGUUUGUCUUUGUUCUUUAACUGUGCAUUCAAAGGAGAGCGAGAGAGACAAGAUCGUUCGCUAAGGGAUAUUGGGGAAGAAAUUGUGAAAAAAUGUUUUGGAGUUCCCUUGGCAGUAGAAACUUUGGGAUGCAUGCUUUACUCUAAUACUAAUGCAGCUGAUUGGAAAUCUAUAAGAGAUAGUGAGAUAUGGAAAAGCGACAAUCAGACGACGGCUUCUUUAAGAUUGAGCUAUGAAGACUUGCCAUAUUCCCUGAAGAAAUGCUUUGCUUCCUGUUCAUUUUUUCCUAAGGGCUACGAAUACGACAGUAUUGAAUUGGUGUAUUUUUGGAUGGCACAUGGAUUUCUUGAAUCUCAGAAUGAGAAUGAAGACUUGGAAAAUGUUGGGUUCCAAUAUUUCGACAGGCUAUGUUCUAAACAUCUUCUCCACAGCUGUUCAAGAUACGAUGUUAGUGUCAAGUGUAAGAUGCAUUCUCUAUUCCACGAUCUAGCCUUAUUAGUGUCACAGAAUGAAUUCUUGUCAGUGACACAAACUCAUUUAUCAAACAUCCCAAACACUGUGCGACAUUUAUGUUUUCCUCGUCCUGAUUCACUUGGUGAAGAUCUUCCUAAACCCUUCCAGGAACUAAAUGGAGUACGAACCCUUUCCUUUUCAAAUGAACGAAGAGUUGGGUUUGGAAAUUUAAAGUUUAUUAGGACAUGUCUGUCGAAAUUUCAGCACUUGAGAUUCUUGGAUUUGAGUGAUUCAGAGAUUUCAGAACUUCCAGAAAGGAUAGGCAGGUUGAAGCAACUGAGAUAUCUCAGUUUAAAGAGCAAUGAUUACAUUAAAAGACUCCCAAAUUCCAUAUGCAAGCUACGAAGCUUGGAAGCCCUACUGAUUGGUAGAUGUAAAAAACUACAGAAGUUGCCCAAAGAUCUGAAGCAAAUGGUUAGCCUCAGGUAUCUUUGGAUCACCACGAAGCAAACAUCUUUACCGACAGAUGCAGUAGGGAGUCUUAAGUGUCUUCGUGUUUUGUUCAUUACCGAUUGUGAAAAUCUAGAAUCUUGGCCUGAAGACAUUACAGGUCUGAAAAACCUUAAAACCUUGGUUAUUCGUAAUUGUCAACAGUUGGAUUCCUUGCCUGAAAGCAUGAAAUUUCUACCAGCAUUGGAGAGUGUUGUUAUUACCGACUGUACACGAUUGAAAUUAGAGGAAGGGAAAGGCGUAUGCGUGACUCAGUUCAGGCUUGAAAACCUGCAGCUUGUAAGAUUGCCAAGCUUAGUAGAUUUCCCACAAUGGCUGAUUCGAAAUUCCACCAGCAGUUUACAAGUAAUCAAACUUAUGCACUGCAACAACCUCAAAGAAGACGAUUUUCCAGAUUGGCUGCACGACAACAUACCACUUGAACUUCAGAUCAAAGGUUGCCCAUUGCUGAACCUGAAUAACCACCACCGACAAUAA